GCCGGCACGGGCACGUUCGGCGCGCCGGCCGUCACGCAGCAGGCCAAGACGGGCUUCUCGUUCGGCAGCGGCGCGUCCGUGUUCGGCCAGCAGCAGCAGCAGCCCACCGGCACGGCCACGCUCUUCGGCGCAGCUGCGCCUGCCCAACCCACCGCAUUUGGAGCCGCUGCCACCACGUUCGGCGCCGCCGGCGCGGUCACCGGCACCACGGUCAAGUUCAACGCACCCAGCGGAACAGAUACCAUGGUGAAGAACAACACCCAGCAGCACAUUAACACCCGCUUCAUGUGCAUCGUCACCAUGAAGGAGUACGAGUCCAAGUCACUGGAGGAGCUGCGCAUGGAGGACUACGCCGCCAAUCGCAAAGGUCCGCAGGCCGGCGGCGGGUUCGGCCAGCCGGCCGGCGGCAUGUUCGGCUCGGCCAGCUCGGCCGGCUCCAGCCUGUUCGGCGCCACGCAGAGCAAGCCGCUGUUCGGCGCUGCCCCCACACCGACCGGCGGCGGCAUGUUCGGCGCGCCGCAGCAGCAGGCCGGCGCCGGCCUGUUCGGCGCCGCCAAGCCAACCGGCUUCGGCGCGCCGACCACCUCCACCGGCUUCAGCGGCUUCGGCCAGCCGGCCAGCUCCGCCGGCUUGUUCGGCGCAACGCAGCAGAGCAAGCCGCUCUUCGGCACUCCCGCCAGCUCUGGCGGUCCGUUCAGUGGCGCGGCGGCGCAGCCGACUGUCGGCUUCGGCUCGUCCCUCACCAGCCAGCCGUCGACGGGGCUGUUCGGCGCGGCCGGCGGCCUGUUCGGCGCCAAGCCCGCCUUCUCCGGCUUCGGGCAGCCGCAGCAGCCGGCCGGCAGCGCCUUCUCGUUCAACACGGCCGCCAAGCCGGCCGGUUCGGCCUUCAGCUUCAGCACGCCGGGCUCGGCGUUUGGCGCGGGCACUGGCUCCUUGUUCAACAACCAGCCUAAGCCGGCUGGCUCCACGUUCGGCACCGGGUUCGGAUUCGGCCAGACAGCGCAGAACCCCACGUUUACCGGGUGCGUACAGCGUGCGGACGGGGCAGGGGAGGCAGCCGGUGCCGUCACAGUGUGA